AUGCAAGACCGUUCGUUACUGACGGGUAGGUUUGCAGUGUAGACCCCGGAUUAAUGGCAAACCAACGCUCCGUCGAGUGCAUCCGCGUAAACUCAACAUGACGGAGCUCGGAUGUAAAUGGCGGCAGGUAGUGUCGUUGGAGCUAAUUAGGUCCUUUGGGUGUUGUUGCCAGUUGGAAGAGAAGCUGUGGCCAUAAUUAGCCCGCAUGAUCCAGAAGUUGGCAGACUAUCGAUAUGAGGUGAUAUCGUGACCUGGCGGGUUAAACUCCCGGCUAGGAGGGAUAAUCCUCUCAGAUUGGGGGUAAAAUAAAAAUAGAAGCAGACGACGGUUGUUAGCUGGCGUGACUGAAUUCUGCGGGUGACAGUAAACAGCUGCAGCGGCUGGACGAUGUGACGAGCUGGAUGACGCCAUGGGCUGGGCGGCUAAUUAGGCCGCCAGAAAUAGGACCAGAUGGGAUCAUGGAUGAGGUUUGUUCCGAGGGUGACGGAUGGCCCGACGGUCAGAUGAACGGUACCUAUCCGUACUGCGUAAGCAAGCAACUUAUGGAAGGGCAACGUAGCCAAGUACCUUCGCUCACCAGGCAAGAGCGUCCUGUUGGCGGGAGAUCACCAUCAUCGGCGGACCUUGCCCGACGUGCCUCCUCUAGACAGCAAACCUGCCGUGCGGCGGGCGGCGCGCCUGCCAGAUGCAUAAGGAAAGCACAAAAGCCAGAUUUUGGCUGGCAGAUGGUGGACAAGCAUCUGAGGAACGUGCCAUGCGUGCCUUCCGCUGCAGCGCCUCUUCUUCCCUACGAGGGCAAGAGCAAGAGCCAAGAGCCAAGAGGGGCAGAAAACAUGGAGCCAAGGUGCCUUAGCAUGCGAACCCCGCGAGAAGGUGCCCUGUCACUUGCCGCGCUCCUACCGCUCAUUGGCCAAAGCUCUGCCCCCACUCGACGGGCUAGCUGGGGAUCCCUGUCCAAUAUUCCUGCACGAUCUCCUCGCUUGCAGCAAACAAUAGCCAAUCCGGGGCCGUAG